AUGGCACUGGUCGACUACUCGGACAGCGAAAGCGAGACAGAAUCGAGGGCUGAGGCGCCGAAGCAGACAGCAGCAGCAAAGCCAGCUUUCCAAAAAGCAGCGCCUGGCAAGAUUGCAGUCUCUUUGCCAUCACUCAAGCCUGAGCCGGGCCAGAAAAAGGACGAAAGCGCCGAUGGACCUCCUGCGAAGAGAGCGCGUACCGGUGGGGCCUUCAGUGGGAUCAACAGCUUCCUGCCAGCACCCAAGAAAUCAGGCGCCAAUGCCCCAAAACCUGGGAUCAGUCUAAAGACGAGCAGCGAAGCCGCAUUCAGUCGUAACCCGCCUCCUCAAGCGCCGAUCGAAGAAGAUGUGUCUAUGAGCAGUGGCAACGGGGAGAAUUCGUUGCCAGAAAAGACAGAAUCUGCGGAAGAGCCAAAGUUGGUGCGGAAGAACACUCGUUUUCUACCUCUCAGUGUGUCGAGCAAGAAGAAAAAGAAGCCAGCGAACAAGCCACCCCCAGUCACCGAGCGAACUGAAAGCGCGAGUAAUGGGAAGCAUUCAGAUAUGGCAAGAGCGGCAGCAACGAAUGUGGCGAAGGAGAAAGACCCCGAACCUGCUCCGAAGCCGAAGAGGUCUCUGUUCGCGAUGAAUCAGGAAGAACAAGCUCUCCCCGUAUCCUCUAGCACGGGCGAUUAUAAGCCCCUAAUAGCAGAGGAAGGCCGUGGCUACCUGCCCGAGGAAGUGCAACAGACCGCGAACACUCAAUCACCUGCAAAUCCAGCAUCGUCAAACCCCAACUCGCUCGAAGCCGUUGCGGCCGAUAUGAACCUCACCCCAGCGCAACGACGUCAGCUAUUCGGUAGGCAUGGUGGCAAAGAUUUCAAUGUCGCGCACUUCAACUUGGACUCUGAGUACGCUGCAAAUGAACAGAUGCGACAGGCUGGCGAGGUUAUCGAACAUCGUGCGGUCAAGGCUGUGGCGCCAGGCAAGCAUAGCCUUCAGCAACUGGUCAACAAUGCCCGCACACAACAAGAAGCACUGGAGGACAAGUGGGGAGAAGGAAGGCGAGCAAGAGGUGAAGGCGGCAGUAAGUACGGCUGGAGUGGGUGA